ACGAAGAAGACGAGGGCGACGCGCCUCCAUGGAAACGAGCGUCUCACCAUCUCCGCAACAAACUCAACUUUCAGGAACAGGAGAGCGGCGGCGCCGAGGCUGGACGGAUGUGGAGGCGAGGCGGCCGGAGCUCCGCUCUGCAGCGGGCGGAGGCGCUGCUGACGGCCGGGAGGAGCAGCGCGGGACCCGGCCAGCGCGGCGCCGAGGUACGGCCUGCUGGAGCUCACCAGAGUCUGCACUAAAGUCUGCACUAAAGUCUGCACUAAAGUCUGCACUAAAGUCUGCACUAAAGUCUGCACUAAAGUUUAAAGUCUGCACCAAAGUCUGCACCAAAGUCUGCACCAAAGUCUGCACCAAAGUCUGCACCAAAGUCUGCACCAAAGUCUGCACCAAAGUCUGCACAGCCAGACACCUGCGGACUCAGCCACGUCCUGUCAAGGAUCCCUUCCAACCCCGAUCAGCUCCCUGGCAGGAACGCAGCUCCUCUCCCCGUGAGAGCGAGCCGUGCUCUGACAGUUCAGCUGAAGAGCACGGAGCUGCUGCUGACAGAAAACACAGCAGGGAGGCCGCUGCAAACCAGGGUUUCAGGCCGCAGAGCUCACUGGGAGAACGGAGCCGGUUUCUGAAGAAAACUCCACGACCAACGAGCAGCAGCCAGUCGCCCGUCAGCAGGAACCAGAACCGGCCGGCUCCAGAACCACGAUAUAUGUCGUCUUCUCAGUGUGACUCUCAAACUGCAACCUGGAGUAGACCGGCUGAAAGUACGAGUCCACGCCAUCAGCAGGCCUCAAACCAGACCCUGAACCAGAGCCUAAACCAGAGCCUAAACCAGAGCCUAAACCAGACCCUAAACCCGGCUGGACAGGGGCCUAAAGCUGGCUUCAACCCGCCCUCGGAGGUGGCACGGUCACCAGCACCUGCCAGUCAGUUCCCUGACUCGUCCAGCGAGCUCUCAGCCCGGUCACACAGCCAGCAGAGCCAGAAAGGAAGCCGUUUCCUCAAGAAGAAAGCAGCAGGAACCGUUGCUGCUCCCACCCCGGCCCCGACACGUAGACCUGCAGGCGUCGGGUCCAGGUCCAGGUCCGGGUCCAGAGCCGGCAAUCCUGUACUCUCCUCAGAGCGUUUAGCUUUGACGUCAGGGAGAGUAAAAAGCGCUGUGGACCUGGAAAGUGAUGAAGAAGACAUGAAGAAACUGCUUGGAGACUCAGUGGAUUCAUCAGACUGCAGCUUCUCAGGGCCGAGGAGACACUCGUCCUUGAAGGUGCUGAGCAGCGGUGGUCAGACGGCUCACUCCCCGGGCUCUCCUGCAUGGAACACUUCUCCUUUCCGGUUCACCGGUCUGGCUCAGGCCCAGUUCAGCCCGUCCCUGCUGUCUCCGUCCCUGCUGUCUCCAGCCCCGUCUCCAGCCCCGUCUCCUCCUCCAGAGAGUCCCCAGCAUCGGCCGUCAUCCCCUUCAUCCCCGUCAGGAUGUGGGGAGGUGUUUUCUCUGGACGAGCUCUUCCCUGCAGGACCUCCCUCCGAAGGUCCGCUCAGCCACACGGGCUCAGCUUCUUCAGAAGACUUCAGGAUCAACGUGAUGACUGUGGACGGACUCGCUCCUGCGUCCGGCGCGUUUACCUCAGAAAAUACAGGAAAAGAGAAUCAAACUAAAGAGAAUGAAGUGCAGGAGGAGGUUGUGCAGCAGCAGUGGCAGCGUCUGCAGGAGGAGGAAGAGGAGGAAGAGGAGGUUGUGCAGCAGCAGCGGCUGCAGCAGCAGGAGGUAGUGGACUACCAAAGUGACUUUGAGAGCGACUUCAGUAGCUUCCCAGUUUCCGAGCAUCUUCAGGGAGAUGAAGAUGAGGUGCUAUCAGAAGUCAGAAAAGAGACUCUGGACUCUGAGAGGUCUCACGACAGAACAGGCGACGAUUAUUCCACUGCUUUCUCAGAUCAGAGUCACUCCGGCAGCUCACGGAGCUCGGAGCGCAGUCACCAACCCAAGCCGUCCAGCAGAGUGAGACACUCCCAAUCUGCUGCAUUAAAGGGCGGUGCUUUAAAAGAUGCAGAAGUGCAGACGCAGCCUGAUGCAGCUGGUGUGGCCACUCUGGACCCCACGGUUCAUAUGACCUACAUGGGUCCUGGACCAGUAGUCACUCAUGCCAUCAGUGCAGAAAUGCUGGAAGAAAUCAGCACCUUCAAUCCAGCCGUGUUUGUGGUCAACCAGCUGCUGAAAGAGCAGCUGGCUACGACCAGGCGGUUCAUGGAGAGCAGCCGGCAGCUCCACCACAGCCUGGUGCAGAGGCUGGAGCCUCCGGACUACAGAUACACCACCCUGGAGGGAACCAUGCAGACCAUCCUUGAAGGCAGAACUCCUAAACUCACAGUGGACGACGCCUUGGAGGAGCUGCAGGAGAUGAGGAUCAGUGUGUGACUGCAGGAGAUGAGGAUCAGUGUGUGACUGCAGGAGAUGAGGAUCGGUGUGUGACUGCAGGAGAUGAGGAUCAGUGUGUGACUGCAGGAGAUGAGGAUC